AUGCGUUUGUUUGAAAAUAGUAUAGAUACGGAAAAUCGAAAGAGACUGUUACGUGCCAAGAAAUUUUCUGGCAAUAACAAUUGUUUUGAAUGCAAGAGUAUUAAUCCUCAAUUUGUUUCUUGUAGCUUCGGUAUAUUUAUUUGUGUCAAUUGUGCAAACAUUUUGAGGGGGCUAGAUUCAAACAUGUUCUGUGUUAAGUCGAUAACAAUGAAUAAUUUUGAAGAAAGGGAUAUCAGGAGAGUAGAGAAAAGCGGAAAUUUCAGGUUUGGUUCUUUUCUGUCGAAAAAUGGUGUUGCACAGAAUGGUGUUCCGUUAUGUGAAAAAUAUGAUAACUUGUUUGCUAAAAGUUAUAGGAGAAGAUUGGCCAAUGAAGUGCACAAUAAUGAUAUAAAUCAGAAUAUGUAUUUGGGGUUCAGUAACUUCGAGCAGUAUACAGAUGGUUCGACGAACAAAAUAAAAGCUCGAGCAUUAAGGGAAAUAUCUGAUAACAAUACCAACUCCGAAGGGGCAGAAUUUAUACUAUCAGAAAAAGUUGUAGGCCCAGAUAGUUACCAAGAUUGCGAAAAAUUUCCUAACUGUCUGAGCUCCGAAAGAAACCUCGACGAAAAUAACCAUUCAAGUGCUACAAGCACAUUAACGAUCGAAAAAUUCCAAAAGGACCCCAUUGGUACUAUUUCUAAAAGUUGGGUGUUGCUUUCGGGUGCACUAUACAAAUCAUAUGAAGACUUUAAAGGCUCAGUUGUUCAGCCAACAAUUGAGAACAUUCAGCAAAGAGAUUUGUCAAAUGACAUUAAGAGAUCACUUGUGCAUUUUAAUGAAAAAUUACAUGAGACACCCCAUUUACCCUCGCCAGUUUUUUCUUGUUUCACUGGGGAAGACAUUUUUCCCCCGUAA